AUGGGCUUUUUCAAUCCAGCCGCCACGAUUGGGUUUCCGAAUAUGUUUGGGACGACGAACACCAGUGCUGGCGGAUACCAGCCGGGCGGGAUAGACCCGGCGACGGUGGCGGCGUUUGCGAGCGGCUUUUACGCGCACUCGGCGCCGGCUGGGAAAAGCACCGGUGCGAGCGGGAGAGGAUUUCUUCAAGCGACGACGUCGACUUCGAGUGGGAACGCGCAACAAUCACAACAGCAACAGCAGCAACAACAACAGCAGAUGCAGCAGCAGAUGCAAGUUUUGGGGACGUCGCCGACGUUUUACGGGUCGAGUCCUACGGCGGCGCCGAUGCCGAGCCGGGCGACGAUUGGUGGCGGCACGGCGGCGCAGCAAAACGCGGCGGCGCAAGCGGCGGCGCAAGCGGCGGCAAACUUUAUGAAUAACGUGGCGGCUAUGAAUAACGCGGUGGCGAGUCAUCAGAAAGAGACGUUAGCGUUGUUGCAGCAACAGCAGCAACAGAACUUUCACAAUCAGGCGAGGAGAGGCAGUAGCGAAGAUUCUGGAUCUUUCGGCGCGACGGCGGCGGCAAACGCCGCGGCGAUGAGCAACUCGCCCGGUUUUAGUUUGCAAACGCCGCAGAUGCCGGCGUGGACGAAAGGGUUAUCUAGUUCGGUGGGGAAUUCGGCCGGGACGCAAGUCACUCUCGGAUCGUCGCCGAACAGCGGCUUUUCAACGUUUUCUCCGGUGAAUCAUUCGCAGAGAGGAUCGGCGUCGUUUAAUUACGGUCACGUAGGCGCGGGGAAUGCAACUAGUAAUCAGCUCGAUAAACAACAACAGCAACAACCAUCCGUAGGUAGAAGAAACUCGACAUCUGGACGACACGCGUUUGAAGGAAGAAACUCGUCGUUAUCGGCCUCGCCGAGCAGUUCGCCGCCGGUGCGAGGCGGCGGCGUGCAGAAAUCGACGAAGAACGAUCCGUCCGUUUUGAAGCGAAAUAAUUUGAGUAACAACGCGGCAUUUGUAGAAGGUUUAGCGAGCGCAGCGGCUGCUUCGAAAGCGGUCGCAAAUGCGGAUGGUGGUUCUAACGAUGGUAGUAAAGAAGCAACGGCGGGCAAGACGGCUUCGGGUAAGGCGCAAAAGUCAAUCUAUCGAGGCGUUCGACAAAGACCGUGGGGUAAGUUUGCGGCUGAAAUUAGAGACCCGACGCGGGGAUCUCGAUUAUGGCUCGGGACAUUCGAUUCUGCCGAGGAUGCCGCGUUGGCGUACGAUGCCGCCGCGCGAGCUAUUCGUGGCGACGCCGCCGUGACAAACUUUGCAAAGGACGUCGUCAUCCCGGAGCAUGUGAGAGCGCAACUUCCACCUUUGCCAGUCAGAGACGAGAACGGUAACAUCAUCGAAACGCACGGUCACACGUCUGGUAACGCGCCUGGUAACGCUAAGAAAGGUGGUAACUCAAAGAAACAACAAAUCACGCCGGGAGGACUCGCUCCUGAGUUUGCGAAUUCCACGCCGACGGUGCAAAAGGAGUCCAAGAAGAAGAAUAAAGGUGGCUUGCCAUCGGAAGACGCAUCGAUGCUGAUGAUGUUAAGCGGCGCAGCGUUGUUGGAUGAUAACGAUAGCCCGAACACCACAAACGACGGAUCCAAGUCGACGAACACGACGGAGGAUGCAGAGGCGUUGCAAGAUAUGGACAUGGACGACGCCGAGGCAAUCAACACGUCGACGAACGCGCCAAAGUUGAACUUGAAAGGGAGUAAAACGAAAGGAAAAGGGAAAUCGACAAAGAAUGUCGCCGAUGCCAUGACCAGCGCUAUGAAUCACAAGUACUGA